UCUCCCCCCCCAUGUCCCUUCUCCCCCUCCUCCCCUCCAGCCAAGCCCACCGUCUCCAUCUCCCCCACCAAGCUGGACCCCACUUCCCCUAACACCAUCCUCCUCUGCAUCGUGAGGGGCUUCUACCCUGUGGAGAUUGAGGUUCGGUGGCUGAAGAAUGGGCAGCCAGAGAAGGAGGGCGUGGCCUUCGGGGAGGAGCUCCAGAACGGAGACUGGACCUACCAGCUCCAGGUGAUGCUGGAGACCCAGCCCCAGCGGGGGGAAGUCUACACCUGCCAGGUGGAGCAUGCCAGCCUGGAGGCCCCCAUCACCGUCCAGUGGGAGCCCCGUUCCUCCAAUUCUGCCAGGAGCAAACUCUGGACGGGGAUUGUGGCAGCCGUGAUCGGGGUGAUCUUCUUUGCCAUGGGGCUCUCCCUCUACCUGAAGAGCAAGAAAGCAAUUCCCAUCCAGCCUCCUGCAGCACUCAUGAAUUAAUUCUGCCGUCCUUCCUGCUUCCUGGUGGGAAAGGAAGGGGCUUUUUUCCAUUAGCUGAUGAAUUUCUGUCUCUCUUUUGCAACCUCUGAAAAAUGGAGGGUCAAGAUUUUAAAUUGGGGGGAGGAGGAGAAUGGAAGCCUGGAGCUUUUCCUGCUGAGACCCCUCUGGCUUUCCUUUGAAGGCCUCUCUUUCUUGUGAGGGAGCGGUGGAGACCAUCUAGACUGACCCCAGGGACUCUGGACCUGCCUGUCAGUCCAGACACCCAAAUCUCUUCCGGCUUUAAAUCCACAGCAGCUUCAUCUUCAUUACUCUUCGUCCGAAUCCCUUCCCUUCGCUUUGCUAUAAAAGAAUAAACAUUGUAGGAAAAA